AUGGACGGAAUCAUAGAAGAAGACUUCUUAGCCGUCAUAACCAUGAAGGGCCAUACGAGAGGUUGUGAUUUUAUGGAAGCUCUGAAAGAAUUUGUCGAAAAGUCUUGUUUAGCUACAACUACCGACGAAAACUUUGGCAAAAAUGAAAAUGCUCCUGAAGAAUGUUUUGGUGAGGUAAAUCAAAUAAAAAAAUCACUACUCUUAUGUAGUGAAUCAAUUAGCUCUAUCAGAGAAGUUGAAGGUGAUUCUAUGGAUAUGGAGGUGAAUGCACAAGAUGAUUUGGGCACUCAAAAACUACGUUCUCCACCGAUUGACAUGUUGACUCACAAGCAUGUUGUAAGGUCUGUUGAAGAACUUGAAGAUUAUUCAGCUCCUUGUGAAGUAGACACGGCCGAAUCUUCAGAGAAAACAUAUCAACUUGAAGGUCGAAGAAUUCUUAAUUUAAAAACAUUUUAUUCAAAAUUACAAGAGGUCUUUGCAUGGACCUUUCAAUUGUGGUCUCGCGAUGAAGGUAGUGAAAUGAACAUCAACAAUUGUGCAGUUUUAGGGACAGUGGCAAUUGGUUGUGAUCAUUCACAACUCCAAGAGCUAUCUGCCUCUUUAGAUUUACCUUCAAUAUCUUUCAACAUGUACCAAAAAUGCCAUGAAAACAUAUCGAAUAUAUGGGAAGGAAUUUCACUUAAAACAAUGACCGAUGCCGCGAAAGAAGAACGAGAGUUUGCCUUACUGCAAGGUCGUAUAGAUGAAAAUGGUGUUCCUAUUAUUGACGUAAUUGUCGACGACAAUGAAUUACAAGAAGACGCUGUACAAGAGAAAAAAGAAAACGACAAAGAGAAGGAAAUAGAACUAAGGAAAGAAAAAGAGGUUGAAGAGAAAAAUGAAGACAACGAGAACGAAGAAGAAAAAAAAGAAGAUUUUGUCGGGCUAUCGAAAUUUCCGAAUGUAAAUAUAUGUGAACACGGAGAAAUAAGUGAGGAUAAAGAAGUUCAACCAACCAAAAGAAUAAAAAUACUUGGUGAAAGAAACUUAAAUUUCAGUGAAUUUUAG